AUAACUAUCAGUACGAAAUAGCGACUCCUAGUGAUCAGUUCGUGUGACAUCCUUAGUAUUCGUUCAAUUCGUUUUUACGUUUCUCAGCGGAGAGAACUGAACAAUUGUGAGAAAACUGUAAGUUGCGAAAUAAAGUUCUCGAAUUCUUUUUGUUAAAGGGGGAUUGAAUUGAAUUGUAAUACUCUAUUCAUUCCCCUUACCCUUUACUGUAUCGGCAAUUUUAAGAGCGGGGGCUCAGACACACCAGAAAUGCGCAUUAUCAAAUUCAUCGUACCCGCCGGAUUCGUAUAUUUAAGCCGAAAUUUCGCAGUUGUAACAGCGAUGAGCGGAAACAAGGAUUAUAAAUCGGCCACGUCGAUUUACGACUUCACGGCGAACUCCAUCAGAGGAGAGGAAAUCCCUUUGUCUAAAUAUAAAGACCACGUGUGCUUAAUCGUAAACGUCGCCUCGAAAUGCGGCCUCACAGCGACGAAUUACAAAGAACUGAACGAACUAUACGACGAGUAUGCUGAAUCGAAAGGAUUACGAAUUCUAGCGUUUCCUUGUAAUCAAUUCAAUGGUCAAGAGCCAGGGAAUAGCGAGGAGAUUUGCAGCUUUGCCGAUCGCCAGAAAGUAAAAUUCGAUUUAUUUGAGAAAAUUGACGUGAACGGAAAUAACACGCAUCCUCUUUGGGCAUAUCUGAAGAAAGAGCAAGGUGGCUUACUGGGUAACUUCAUUAAAUGGAACUUCACCAAAUUCAUCGUGAAUAAAGAGGGCAAGGUUGUCGAACGACACGGUCCUAAUGUAGAUCCCCACAAAUUAAAAGAUUCUUUCGAAAAAUAUUUUUAAAUGGUCUCUACAUAAUUUUCUAAGAUGGAUAUUUUUCUUGUAGUAUACAUAAAUUAAAUAAGAGUUUAAAAUCUAUGUACUAUGUUUGAACAAUCUUUUAUUUUUU